AGCUGACGAGUACGCAAUGAAUCAUUUAAUCAGCUGGAGUUGUUUGCUAUUUGCAAUAGCCACAAAAACUGAAGCAGCUGCGGUUUGGAAAUUGCCCACACCGGAAAAAGUGCAAGCGGAUCUGGAAAAUUGCCGCCAAGAAUCGCGAGACGAAGAUGCAGUCACAAUGAGAUGUCUGGUGAAAGAACUGGGCCUCUGGACAGAUGACAGCGGCUACAAUGCCAAACGGAUAGCAAAGAUCUUCGCUGGCCACAACCAAAUGGAGGAACUGAUGUUGGUGGUGGAUUACUGCAACCGGAGGGAGGAGCGAAGAACCCAGUUGGACGACUGGGCGUUCAUGGCCUACCGAUGUGCCACUUCCGGUCGGAUUGGCCAUUGGGUCAAGGAUUUCAUGAGCCAAAAAUAAUUUAAGCUUUUAUUUGUUUAAAAAAAAAACUCCAGUCGUUAUCAGAAUUAUUUUACUUUGAAUGAGUUAAUAUGAGAAAACGUUUUGUUUACUAUUAUAAAAAUAUAUUCGUUGGAUUGGAUACGUUUUCAAGCUUGAUAUAUGAUUUUAAAAGUUUCAUGCAAAUAGAAUUUAGACAGACCUAGGUAACAAGACUUGCUUAUCGACUUCUUUAUAAUAUAAAUAUAUAUAUGCAAAAGAACACAACGACUACUGAUAAUACUACUGAUAUAGUCAAAAAUCAUUUAUUAUAUCCCUAACUGUGCACUUUGUUAUACUGUUUUCAUUUCCGAAAUGCUUUAAUUUAAUGUAAAAGCUUAUGCCCAAGAAAUAAUUGAAGAGUAAAAACAAGUCUGUAUUACAACUGAA